AUGGCAGAAGAGAAACAUUUUAUUUAUUUUAUAUCUGACCCGCCGCACUUGAUUAAGACAUCCCGGAACUGUUUACUUAAUUCGUUAUCUGGCCGUGCUACUCGCAGUAUGUGGAAUGACGGUCAUUAUUUGACAUGGAAUCAUAUCUCAAAGCUUUUUCAUGAUGAUUUAGAUUGUGGGUUACACUUGGUACCAAAAAUUACAAAUGAACACAUUUCUUUGACACCCUUUUCAGUCAUGAAUGUGCGACUUGCAGCUCAAGUGUUGAGCGAAUCUGUAUUUCAAGCUUUACAGACAUAUGGUCCACCGGAUGCAAUUGGUACGGCCACAUAUUGCAGGAUGUUGGACAAAUUUUUUGACUGUAUGAAUGUCAGAAAUUCUGUGGAAUGUGUCAGAAAACAAAGACCAUUUCUAAAACCAUAUGAAAACCUUGAUGAUGAACGUUUCUGGUUGAUUGAUACCUUCUUAAAAUACUUCACGGACUGGAAAAUUUCUAUCGCUGACCGAAAUGAUGCUCAGUAUACCGAUAAUGCUAGAGCGAAUAUGUUUAUUUCUUGGCAAACCUAUGAGGGACUUCAAUUGACCGUUUACUCCAGUAUUGAGCUCAUAAAAUACUUGCUAUCUCAAAAUGUACCUUAUGUAUUUACCGAAAGAUUUUGUCAAGAUCCACUUGAAAAUUAUUUUGGCCAGCAACGGUCAAUUGGACACCGUAAAGAUAAUCCUUCACUUAGGGAUUUUGGUUACAACGACAAUACAAUUCGUACAUCAAAAUUAUUUCGACCGAUAGCUGGUAACUCCCGCAAUGAUGACCCUAUACUCGCUACAAUAGAUGUUGAGACUGUUCCAUGCUGUAAAAGAAACAAAAAGAACUAA